GCAAUAAAAGAGGGCAACCUGGGGACAAUGGUUUUUGGAUGCCAUUAGGUGGUGAACUUCAACAACAAAGUCGCAAAAAUGGCCAAAGGAACGACAAUCACAGCCCUUACUCAAUCGCCAAAUGGCGGAGGCCCGCCGUUGGUCUCGCGAGACCGGCCUAUGCCGCAAAUCAGAGAGCCCCAAGAUGUCGUCGUCAGGGUUUCGGCUGUCGCGCUGAACCCGACUGAUUACAAGAUGCCAGACUAUCAUCCGGUACCCAAUGCCAUCAUGGGAUGUGACUUCAUGGGCACCAUUGUCGCUGCUGGCCCUGAAGUCGACAGCACGUGCGUAGGGAUGCGGGUUUGCGGCCCCAUGCACGGCUCAAAUCCUGGUAACCCGGAUUCUGGAGCGUUUGCUGAGUAUCUCAUCCAAGAUAGGCGUCUUCUUGUGCGGGUGCCAGACUCAUGGAGUGACCUCGAAGGCGCAGCGCUUGGAGGAGUGGGAUGGGCGACUGUAGCAUUGGCUAUGGAGGACUCGCUUCUCUUAGCAGGCACUCCGUCAAAACCUGCUCCAUUACGGUCUGACGGGACUCGCGUGCCUGUUCUGGUAUAUGGUGGUGCUACAGCCACUGGCACCAUGGCUUGCCAAUUGCUAUCGAGUGCUGGCUACGACCCCAUCGCAACCUGCUCUCCGGCUUCCGCGGCUCUCGUGAAGAAGUAUGGGGCAGCUUCUACAACACCGUACUCGUCGCCGACAUGCGGAGAGACAAUCCGCGACGCGACAAAGGGUACCAUCCGAGCAGCUAUCGACUGCAUCACCACGCCAGAAUCGGUAAAAUGCUGCUUCACCGCUCUGAGUCGUGCUGGCGCGAGGUAUGCAUCCCUCGAACAUGCCCCCGAUGAGUGGAGGACGAGAAAGGCAGUCAAGAUGGACAUGCCCAUGGCAUAUGUGGUCAUGGGCCGUGAGGUAAAGCUUGAUGGAGUGUACCACCGCGAUGCGGACCAAUCCAAAUUUGAUCUGGGAGCGAGGUGGGCGCUCGAAGUUCAGACCUUGGUGGAUGAAGGACGUCUGAAAUGUCACCCGGCCCGCGAAGUGCCCGGCGGUUGGCAAGGAGUGAUUCAAGGUCUUGAUAUGUUGAAUUCAGGCCAGGUUCGAGGGCAGAAGCUUGUGGUAAGAGUGGGAAGUGCCUGAAAGCAUUCCCAUAGUUGUAAAGAUGAUACAUGUAGUAAACACACAACAACUAAAGUAGACUAGUUCACUGAGUGCGGGCAACUCUAUGCCUUUGCCACAGGUAAUAACCUUCACGACA